AUGCACUGCAAGUUUGUUUCCCUUGCGCUUGUCUUUGGUCUUGCACUCGUCAGUCCAGCCAUUGCCAAGGUCGCUGCUCCUGCUCCUGGCGCAGCUCCCGUAGCGCCUGUCCAAAAGAGCGGGGAGGCCGACCCCGAUGAUAUCGUUCUGCCCCAGGCUCCCUCGGUUCAGCAACAGCAGCUGGUAAAUAUGGUUCUGCCAGAGCUUCCCAAGGCCCCCAAGGUCGAGGAGGAGCCACCCAAACCUCAGGGAUGCGCGCUCGACGGCCAAGUGCGUCUGUGCGUAAACCACUCAACCAUGCAGCGUGAGACAUGCGCAGCCGACGACCUCGACUGCCAGUGCACAUGGGCACAGAAGCUGACGCAGUGCUACGCGCCUUGCAUGUCCGACAAGGUCAACUCUGACAACAUGCACGCUGCCAAGGCGGACCAGGACGGAAUCUGUCAGCAGGCAGCCAAGAACGGCAAGAUCGCCAAGGAUAAGGAGCGGUUGAAGAAGGAGCAGAAGAACGGCAAGAGCAAGAAGCAGACACAGAAUAUCCAGCAGAAGAACAUCAACGACCUGGCUUCCUCCCACGACCUCUCCACACAGGCUGCUGACGAGGAAAGCACCAAGCAGAAGCCUGCCAAGGAAGACAAGGCUCCCGAUUCGAGCGACUCGGCCCCGCGCCAGGAGGGCGGCAACAAGAGCAACAACUCUGGCGGGAAGGACCCUGAAUUGAAUAACGACAAGAGCGGCAAGAACGGCAAGGCCAAGCCCGGAGGCGACAGCAACCUGCCGCUGAUGGAAAACGCCGCAGGCAACAUGUCUGCGUUCAGCUCCGUCCUCCUCAUCCCCUUGGCACUCGCCUUCAGGUCGGUAUUCUAA